AUGACACUGCGGGCGCGGAGCGCUCGGCUGCUCGGAGGCCUUCUGCUCUUCGCUCAGCUCGCCGCCGGCGCCGCCCCGUUUAGCUGGGAUCUCCCGGAGCCCCGCAGCCGGGCCAGCAAGAUCCGAGGGCAACCGCGGGGCAAUCUCUGGGCCACCGGUCACUUCAUGGGCAAGAAGAGUCUGGAGCCCCCCAGCCCAUCCCUAUUGGGGACAGCUCCCCAAAUCUCCCUGUGGGACCAGAGACUGCAGCUGAGUCAUGAUCUGCUCAGGAUCCUCCUGCAAAAGAAAGCUCUGGGCAUGAGCCUCAGCCGCCCAGCACCUCACACCCAGGAGGGUGCUGGUGCAAAUGCUGCAGAAGUGAUGCCAUUAAUCAGGAAGACAAGAUGA